AUGAAACUCGCCAUAAGCCUUUAUGCCAUAAAAAUGAAUCAACAAUACAAGGUAAAAAGGUCAUCAUCCAAGGACUACAGCCUAAUAUGUGUUGACAGUAAGUGCAAAUGGUACUUCCUAGCAUCAAAACAUGGAAAAACCGACAUGUUUAAGGUGAGAAAACUCAAUGACACUCAUACAUGCUCCCUAGAAAUCAUUUAUGAAGACCAUCCUCAAGCAAAAAGUGACAUAAUUGCUGAUUGCAUCAAACGAUGGAUAAUAAACCCCAAAAGAAACUACAAACCAAAUGACAUUGUUGAAGACAUAGCAGAAGAUUAUAGUAUCUCCAUCUCCUACCACAAAGCAUGGAGAGCAAAAGAAAAAGCUACUUUCGAAGUUAAAGGUAGCCCAUAUGAUUCAUACAAUGAAAUCCCUGGCUUCCUAUACAUGAUUCAAAAAUGCAACCCGGGAACAAUAACAGAUCUUGUACAAGAUGAUGAGGGGAGAUUCAAAUACUGUUUCUUUGCAUUAGCAUCUUCUAUCAAAGGCUGGAAUCACUGCACACCAAUAAUAGUUGUGGAUGCAAUUUUUUUGAAGAAUGCAUAUGGAGGUACUCUAAUAGUUGCUAAUGCACAAGAUGCUGACAGACAUAUAUUUCCACUAGCUUUUGCAAUAAUCGACUCAGAAAAUGAUGCAUCAUGGCAAUACUUCAUGGAGAAACUCAAACAAACAUAUGGGGAACGUGAAGAGCAAUGCAUAAUUUCAUAUAGACAUGAAAGUAUCGCCAAAUCAGUGAAAAUGAUAUUUCCCAACUUGAUGCAUGGGGUAUGUUGCUUCCAUCUAUUCCAAAAUAUAAAAUUAAGAUUUAGAAAAGGAGGAGAUGAGCUGAGAGAUGCAUUCUAUUGUGCAUCAAAAGCAUAUAAUCUUGCUGAUUUUGAAGGAUUCAUGAAAGAAAUAGACACCAUAGACAACCGAAUUCGUCCUUACUUGACAAAUGAAGUUGGCCUCAAUAAAUGGACAAGGGUUUAUACCAAAAACAAGCGUUACUCAACAAUGACCUCAAAUAUAUCAGAAUCCGUGAAUUCAGCCUUGAAAGAAGUAAGAGAGUUACCCAUUGGCACACUACUAGAAUGUUUACGCUGCUUGGUUCAAAGAUGGAGUUGGACAAACAAAAAUAGAGCUCUUGCUACACUCACAACACUAGCAAAAGGACCAGAAGAGGAACUCAAAGACAAAUUAGAUCGCAGUAAAAAAUUGCAGGUUGAAACAUCAAACCAUGCCAUAUAUACAGUCAAUGAGUUAAAAAGUUCGUACAUCGUAGACAUUCAAGAAAAGACAUGCACAUGUCAAAGAUUCCAAUAUGACGAAAUGCCAUGUUCUCAUGCAAUGGCAGUAAUAUCAAAAGACACUUCGAAUGCUACUAUUUCUGCUCUUAUUUCUACACAAAACAAGUGUUUCUUGCAACAUACGAAGAAACUGUGUUUCUAA